CAGAAGGUAGUUUCACGGAACGAUCAUAACAAUAACGUGCUGAAUUCUCCCUUAGUUGCAGAAAAAAACUUUCGUCAAAAACGCAACGCCAAAAAUGUAAACAAGAAAUCAAACGUCAGUGAAAUCGUCAGUCGUGAGUAUAUCAAAAGAGAAGUUCGGCUAGCGAUAAGUAACCUGGCCUGCGUGGUGCAUUGCCCGAAGGGAGUCAGGGGAAGACGAGGCAAACCUGGUCCCCCAGGUAAACACGGGCCAGCUGGGCCUCAGGGACCACAAGGACCAAGAGGAACUCAAGGAGAUCAGGGGCCUCCUGGACCUAAAGGUGAUCAGGGGCCUCAAGGACCCAAAGGUGAUCCUGGUGAGUCCAUCUCAGCUCCUUUGAUUGUGUCACCUCCGAUGUCCAUCGUCGUAAACAAAACUGGUAUAGCGUCACUGCGGUGUGGGGUCAAAGGAAAUCCAGUGCCCCAGGUCACGUGGCUGAAGGAAAAUUCCAGUCUUCCCUCCGAUAAACGAAUCAUGCAAUCACGUGGUGACUUUGUGAUAAGAGAUGUGACGUCACAAGACGGAGGAGAGUACACAUGUAGGGCAAGAAAUAUUCUUGGAGUCGUGACUUCAUCGGCCACACUGACUGUUCAAGGUAAUUAAUUUUAAUACUAAAAUUAAUAUUAAUGUCCCAGUGUACAGGUGAAAAAAAUCUACAGUAGCUUUGCGAUAACAAAGCUUAGCGAUUCAUGUUCAAACUACAGAUAAUUGUACUGUCUACUUGAAAAAUUUCUCAUAGCAGAGAGUUUCGACAUCAAGCCCAAAAUAUCUUACAUGUAUGGAAAGUCUAUGAAGUUUCUGCACAUUGUAUUUGGCCUGUGUUUUCGGCACGUUCCAAUAAGUUACAAUUGAGUAUCCUGUUCCCACAUCUAAACAAGCUGAAUACUCUUACAUUAUUAGAAAAAGUAUAUAUUUACUUAAGAUUCUUAAGAACGAAGAAUCUCUGGCAUGAUAUACGCUUGAGCCUGUUUACAUGAACAAAAGUCUUGUACCCCAUACCCCAUAACAUCCCAGAGGUUGUCAAGAAAAGAUUAGGAUUAUCACACGAGCCCAAUGGGACCAAUGAAAAUAAAGUUAUGACUUACACUCUACACGAUAAAUCCGUAGUCGACAUCAUUCCUUUUGUAAUUAAGAUAUCUGUCUCUUAAGCAUUUUCUUUGACUACCUUGUCUUAUAAGAUAUUGGUUGAAGUGUUGGAUUUGCAGUUAAACCGAUAAACCCUAAGUCAGAGUAGUCGUAGUCGGAGUGGUAAGAGCCCUAAGGGUCGUUAUAGUCUUAACUGAAUCGCAAUCGCAAGAAUCAAAAUGUUUCCAUUUUCUUCUUACUCCCCUCGGCUAUUAUAGCUCCGUCGAAUCACGGGCUCGUGAUCGACGGAGUUGCAAGCGAAUUAGAGCGCUCUUUCUACUAAAUCAUCACACGGGCGCUUUUGCGUAUAACCCCAACCUCGAAUCUGCCAUUAACAAACUCCAGCCCCUUCUCAGCAUGUGUGACUUUACGCUGGCUGCAUUAAAUGGGACGGAAAAAGUCGUUCACGAACUUCAAAGUGAUAGACCAAGUGCCAGGUUCCCUAGGAUGCUUUUAAGUUAGUUGACGUGCAAUUUUUUUGUGUCUGUUAAUCAGUUGCUGCCUUGGUCACAAAAAAGCCCUCGUCUGUUAUCCUUGAAGAAGGAGAAAACGUAACUUUGGUGUGCAAAGCUUCUGGUCUGCCGAUACCAACGAUCAAAUGGCAAAAACCAUUAGGUCAUUUGCCAAGAGGAAGAACUGCAGGGAUCGAUGGGAAUAUGACUAUAAUUAGUGUAACUAAAAAGGAUACUGGGACUUACGUAUGCUCAGUAAAGAAUCUCCUUGGAGAAGACUCAGCUUUGGCCGUGAUAACAGUGAUUGACAGGCUCAAAUUUACCGUGACACCUCCUUUAAAGAUUGCCGCAUCUGUGUUCAACAACCUGACGCUAAAUUGCAAAGCCCAGGGAGCCCUAGAAAUGACCUGGAAGAGGACAAACAAAAAUCUUCCUCAAAACCACGUUUUAAUUUCAAACGGAAGCUUGUUUCUCAAACAGGUGACUGCAAAUGAUGACGGAUCUUACACAUGUGUUGCAAGAAACUAUCAAAGAACAAUUGAGGCAUCAUGUGUUGUAGAAGUGCUCAAACCCGUGUCCUGUAGCAGUAUAAAAUCAGGCCACAGUGGAAGCUCUUCAGGUAAUCUUAUUAUUGACCCUAAUGGCAAAGGAGGCGUGGCUCCGUUCAGUGUGUAUUGUGAUAUGAGUGACAAGGGAGGAGUUGGCGUGACAGUCAUAAGUCACGACAGCGAGAGGAGAACAUAUGUUGCUAACAUUCCUGGGUGUGAGGUUGAUAAACCAGGAUGUUACAGUAAAGAUGUAACUUACAGUGGAGUCAGCACCGCUCAGCUAACAGCACUCACUCGCAUUUCGCAGAACUGUGAACAAUUCAUCAAGUUUGAGUGUAAUAAUGGUGUAGGAUUUGUACCGGAGUCGGUUGCCUGGUGGACGUCACGUGAUGGGAUGAAAAUGAACUACUGGGGAGGAGCUGGUGGAUCAUCUAAUAUGUGUGCAUGCGGGGUAACAAACUCUUGUUCAAGUGGGAAAAAAUGCAAUUGUUACAACGGUGGCAGCGGCUGGAGAGAGGACAGCGGUCUACUAACGGACAAGUCAGCAUUACCUGUGUCACAGAUAAGACUGUCAGACCUGAAUGACCCAGGCGAACAAGGAUAUCACACAUUAGGAAAGCUCAAGUGUUAUGGCCUGGCAUGA